AUGGACUUUCCCCGCGGCCACGCAGCUCUACCGCUUACAGAGCCCGAUUUUCUGGACUUCAUCUACAAUUAUUUCAAAGCAGAAUACUAUCCCAUCCGGUCUUUCUGGUCUACAGCCGCCGCUGUCCCGCAACAUAGCGAACGAUGGAUUUCCAUGGGCCAUGAGCUCGCGCCACUCAUGGUCCGGCCUGCCAACGCACAGGCACAAAAGGACCUCGAGUCGCUCGACUACUUUACGCGAAGAUGGAAUUUGGACGCCGGAUUCGUCAGAGGCUUGGUCAUCAGGUUUGCCAAGUAUGAAGUACACGAAAGACUGGAGAAGAAGCUAUACGAAUGCGCUCGACUCGACCUGAUGGUCCGCAAAGCCUUGAAGGAGAAGCACUUGAUCGAUGCGCUUUGGCCCAGCCCCGCACCACGCAACAUUCCAAAGGAAUUGCUCCAACAGGGCGUUCAGGUCCGGCAAUGGUACGGCGACAUGUUCCACAAGUACUUUCGUGUUCUGCGCUCUCUGGACGAUUUCCAGGUGCGCCCUGAAGUCGAUAGUCACAUCAAGAGUAGUGGGACAUUGAUGCUGCUGCCGUUUGUCGACCAUUUGAUAUUUGGAACCGUGGAUCCUAUCAUGCCGAUUGUUGCAAAAGGAGCAGGCUAUUCGAAUGCGAGGAAUUUGCAGAGACCGGAUCACCGCGCUGAAGGCUUUGGAGAGCCUGGAAAAUUCGAAAUCCGAUUUGAUGCGCCUGCUGAGGUUACGGAUACGUACACAAAGACUGUUGUGCGGCAGUGUCAAUGCAUGAAAUGUGGGACAAAGAGGGAUGUACAGGUAAUCGUCUCCGUUGACCCGAGUCCAGAUGCUGGUGUAGGGAGAAGAUCUACUUCUGGAGACAGGAGACGAGAUGCAGGCGAAGCUGAGCCAGCACCGCCCCGUCAACCGCCUCGACCACAGCGGACAGUCCAGAGCCAGGAGUCAUCACGCCCAUCAACACCAGACCUCAAGAAGCAAUGUCCUCGCUGCACCUUCCUCAACCAUCCGAAUCUCACAGCCUGUGAAAUGUGCGAGGCUACCUUACCUGAGGCUACCAUAGCCAAGCCACCGAGCCCUGCAGAAGUGAGGGCUCCUUCACAUUCCCACUCAGCUUCAGAGCCGCCCCCGACCGCGCCAAACCCACGACAAGAAGAGCUAAAAAAGACCCAAAGACCAAAUGCACCAAACAGACACAGCCUCAGCUCCAGCCUCUUCUCCAUCUUCCCCUUCUCGCAACAACACCAGCAAGAACACCACGCCAAGUUGCCCGCCACCCAAACCGUCGACACACAGCCCGCCACACAGUCCACCUCAAAACAAGAACCACAGACCCCAUCCAGACAGCAAAAGGAGUCUCAAAUCACUCCGCCCAUGACUCCCCACGCCGAGUCCUCCUCCCACCGACAAACACAACCCACCACUUCCGCACCACCGCCAGACAACAACAACAACUACACCCUCUCCGACCCCCCGCUAUCCCAGCACCCAGAAAUGGCCAUGCUACCCCUCUCCCCCUCUUCCCCGCCCUCCACAGCCACACGCCGCGUCCCCGCCGGUCUACCAAGCAACCUAAUGGACGACUUUGUCCCCGUGUCCCCGGCAUACGCGAAACAAGAUGUUGACGACGACGAAGAUGCGGGUUGGGGCUCUGUGAGUCGCGAGGAAGCGAGACACAAAGGCGAUGCGGAUAGCGAUGUGGAGGAGGCGAGGGAGAAUGCGAGGAGAGGACUGAUUGAUUUGGAUGCCGUGGCGAGAGAAGAGGCGGAUGUUUGGGGGGAUAGGGAUGACUAG